AAAAAGGUCGGUCGAGAAAGAAGCAACAGUAGUAGCGAUUGAUUAUCAAGAACGUUUGGAAGUAUCUACCAGCAACAAAGAGACUACUACGAAGAAUGAAAAAUAUGUGAAGAAAACAAUAGUGUUCAAGUUUUUUCAUUUUCCUCGAUAAAGAAUGUUUUCGUUGACAUUAACAUCGACAAUCGUUUACCUUCUAUGUUUCAUUUCGAUCAUUUUCCUUCAAGUUCAUGGUCAAUUGGACGAAGGGAGCGAAUGUUCCAUAAAUGGGAAAAAAGGAAUUUGUAAAUUAAUAUCUGAUUGUAUUCCUGUGUAUAAGUCGUUACAGGCCGGAAACCCGCCAGAAAAAAAUUGUGGAUAUAAAGGUCGUAUCCCUGUAGUUUGUUGUCCUAACGAUGAGUCCCCUACUACUGAUGUUAAAAUGAUUAUAGAAAAACCAAAUCCAACGUAUGAUGGACGUGGUACUAUUGCUCGAGAAAAAUGUAAAGAAUAUUCUCAGUACGUCUACCAACUUAUAUAUCCACCAAUUUUUAUUAUCGGACAAAAACCGAUUAACGUCUCCACGUGCGGUAUAAAGGGUAAAACAUUGAUCGUCGGUGGUGAAAAAGCAGCUGCACGAGAAUUUCCUCACAUGGUAGCACUCGGUUAUGAAUCUAGUAAUGGUAUUGAAUGGAAAUGUGGAGGAAGUUUGGUCUCAAAGAGAUUCGUUUUAACGGCUGCCCAUUGCUUACGCUCAGGGGAUGGCGUUGCUCCAACUGUAGUGCGAGUUGGUGAUCUCAAUCUGGUAUCAACGAAUGAUAUAGCCAAUCCGAAAGAUUACAAAAUUAUUGAAAAAAUUCGAAAUCCACAAUACAAGCCUCCAUUGUUGUAUCACGACAUUGCGUUACUUAAACUAGAAACCGAUGUAGAAUUUAAUGAAUUUGCUAGACCUGCUUGUUUGCAAACUGCUUUACCUGAUUCACCUGAAAAUAAGGCUACCGCUACAGGAUGGGGUAUCGUUAAAUUUGACACCGGAAAAAAAUCAGACGAUUUGUUAAAAGUCACUAUAAAUGUCGUUAACCAUACAUCUUGCAACAAAUUUAGCUAUUCAAACAUUCAAUACAAUCGUGGUAUCGUCAACGAAUGGCAAAUAUGCGCCGGUGAAUUUGGCAAAGACACUUGUGGGGGUGACAGUGGCGGUCCAUUGUUAAUUUUCAAUGACGAAAACUAUUGCAUGUACAACAUCAUAGGUGUUACCAGUGCAGGUCAGAUAUGUGGUUUAUAUUCUCCAGGACUCUACACGAAAGUAUAUAAUUAUGUUCCUUGGCUGGAAAGUGUAAUCUGGGCAGAACACGAUUAAUAAUAUUGUAUUUUAUACCGUUAUUUUAUAUCAUUUUGUACUUCAUUAAUAAUAAUACUCAUAGAUUAAUUGAAUUGACAUUUUUAUCGAUCUGUUCUCACAAUUUAUAUUUCGUCUUAAUUCUGAGAACAACAAAAAUGAACGAAAAACUUUUAACAUUUAUUUCGAACGUAAUAAAAAAACUAUUUAUUAUU